CGGUUGUGUUGGUGAGUGUGUGUGUGUCGUAAGUCCGUGAAAGUAAUUGAAUAUUUGCAUAUUUCAUGUGUUUGUCGCGCCGCAAUCGGCCGUGAUAAACACACAUUAAUUCGACACCGCACAGUCUCAUGAGUCGCUUCGCCGAACGUGCUUCACACAAUAAUUAAGAUAAGCCGUCAGAAAUGGCAGCGGGGGUGUAUGUUUCAGUUUUGGACAUAUUCACCACAGAAUUCUCGCCGGAUUCUGUCGAGUGGUGUCACGCAGAAUCUUAUCGGGAUAUAUUAGCUUGCGGAACUUAUAAGUUAAACGAGGGCGACAAAACGAGUUGUAAACGCAACGGAAAAAUUUACUUGCUCCGUUUAAUAAACGAGGGAAAAUUAGAACUGAUACAGCAAAUAGAAACACUAGCUAUAUUAGACAUGAAGUGGGUUUGCACCGGUGACAUUGACAACAAUCAGAUAUAUCUCUGCGUUGUCAAUUCCAGUGGAUUUCUGCAGAUGUAUCAGUUGACGAGCGAGAACGACGAGACGAGAUUGAAGUUUCUCACGGAAAAGAAGGUCAAUAUGUGUCACAAGGACAUCCUGGCGCUGUCCUUGGACUGUUCCAUCGGAAGAAGCUGUUUCCUGGCUCCUCCCUUGAAUCUGCACAUCGUCGCGAGUGACAGCGAAGGAUGCAUAUCUUAUUUCAAAUGGGACGAAACGGACAGUCUGCAGAGGAUCUCUAUGUGGCGCGGGCAUGAGUUCGAGUCAUGGUGCGUGAGCUUCGAUCAUCACGAUGACAAUAUCAUUUAUUCUGGAGGUGACGACAACAAGUUCACAGUUUACGAUGUCAGAAUAAAUUCCUGUGCGUCGCACACCAGAAUGCAUUCCGCCGGUAUAACCAGUAUACACAACAACGCUCUCAGCCCGUUUCUGUUGGCGACCGGAAGUUACGAUCACACUCUGAAGUUGUGGGACAAGAGAAACUUUAAUCAGCCAACGUCGCAGAUCGCAUUUCAAAGUGGAGUCUGGCGAAUAAGAUGGGAUCCGUUUAAGCACGAAUAUCUACUCGUCGCUUGCAUGUACGGCGGUUACAAUCUCGUCGAUUGUAGACACGGAACAAUACAAUCCGUUAUAGGUCACUACAAUUACGGAUCUCAGAGUCUCGCGUACGGUUGUGACUGGUCAUUUUUGACGAAGGAAGAUCUUCAACGUCUGAGUAUACGUUCUGGAGACAACUUGGUAGGCACGUGUUUUUAUCAAGAUUGCGCUCUUUGCAUAUCCGCAGUCAAUGUAAACUUUAACGAAGAGUAGGCAAAUUGAAAAAAAAAAAAACAUUUACCGUGGGACCCAAAUAGAUUAAACUAAAACAUUUUAUGCAAACGUUAUGCGAGCGUUAUGUAUAUAGAAAUUUUUAUAUAAAAUGUGUACGCGAGAAGAUAUACUCAAAGGAUACAUGUGUAUAUUAUAUAUGUACA